CCCCCCAGAAAAGCAAAUUGUUUAGAGAAAAAGGAGUUCAAACAAAUCUAGAAGCCGAAAAAUCUUCGGAAAUAGAAAAAGAGGCUAAAAGGUUCAGUGAAGAAAAAAUAAGAAAUUUACAAGAGGAUAUUCAAAAUUUAAAUCAAGAAAAGCAAGAGUUAAUAGAAAAGAUUAAGGAACUAGAAAAUGGAAAGUCGAUUUUGACCAAAGAAGAACAAGAAUUUAUUGAUUUCGUUGUUUCAAACUUCAAUUUCGAAGACUAUGAACAAAUGAAAAGUGCGAUUUCCGAUCUAUCAGAAACUCUGGGGGAAAGAUUUGAAAAACAAGAAGAAACUUCUUUCCCUAAUUUAAAGCAAAUCAGACAAAAUGGGGAAUUGUCAAUAUCUACACUUAUGAUGCAAAUUGAAGAAUUGAGCCUUGCUAUCCUUUCGUUGAUUAUAAAGGGAGAUGAAGAGGUGAUAAAAAAAAUUAAAGAGAAUAUUAAACUUGCCCACGAUUUUCUUCUACUUCUUCCAAAAAUAGAAGCAAGCAAAGAGGGAAGCGAAAGCGAAGAAGAAUAA